AUGGCUUCCAACUCCAAUGGACGCCCUGUAAGCGUCCUAUUUGUCUGUCUGGGAAAUAUCUGUCGUUCGCCAAUGGCCGAAGGAGUGUUCCGCAACCUCGCCGCCACGCACCCCUCUAUCGGUGAGAUCGACUCUGCUGGUACGGCCGCAUAUCACAGCCUCGAGCCGCCUGACUCCCGCACCAUGUCUACUCUGCGCCACCAUAAGAUCGCCAACUAUGAACAUGCCGCCCGCAAAGUGACUCGAGAAGACUUCCUUACCUUCGAUUACCUCCUCGCUAUGGAUAAGGCCAAUCUGAGCGACUUGCUGGAUGUGCGCGAGUCGGUCAUUGCGACACUGCAGAGAAAGACCGAUACCAAGGCCAAGUCGAAGAGUUCGCGGUCGCAUGUAGAUGCUGCCAUCGGUGCGUACGCGGCCGACGCGAAGGUUGCGGAAGUACGGCUGUUUGGUGAUUUCGGCAAGGGUGGAAAGUUACACGAACGCGUCGGCGGUGGUGAGGUGGUGAAGGAUCCUUAUUAUGGGGGCGCCAAUGGAUUCGAGGAGGUCUAUCAACAGGCUGUGAGAUUCUCCCAGAACUUCAUGGAUUACUUGGAGCAGAACCCCAUUGUCUCCGAGUGA